GGCAGGAUUCAGUAGCUAAAUAACCAUAAAAUGGCAUACUCAAAGCCACUCCCCUUGCUUAGCCUACUCUUUGCCACUUUUUUACUUAGUUCUUUUGUUGCCUCGGCUCGUGACAUAUCGAUUGGAAAAACACAAGCAGGAAAUAAUGUUGGCCUCAAUGGACGUGGUGGGUACAACAAGCCUCAUCCACCCGUUGAAGAAAGUACGGUAAGUCUUGAUGGACGAGGAGGAUACAACAAACCUCGUCCUCCUGUUCAAGAAAGUGUUGUAAGUGUUAAUGGGCGCGGAGGAUAUAACAAGCCUCAUCCACCAGUACUAGAAGAACAUGACGUAAGUCUUCAUGGACGAGGAGGAUACAAUAAACCUCAUCCUCCUAUUCAAGAAAGAGUUGUAAGUGUUAAUGGGCGUGGAGGAUAUAACAAGCCUCAUCCACCGGUAGAAGAAAGCUUUGUAGGCCUUGAUGGGCGAGGAGGAUAUAACAAGCCUCAUCCACCGGUAGAAGAAAGCUUUGUAAGCCUAGAUGGGCGUGGAGGGUAUAACAAGCCCCAUCCACCGGUAGAAGAAAGCUUUGUAAGCCUAGAUGGGCGUGGAGGGUAUAACAAGCCCCAUCCACCGGUAGAAGAAAGUUAUGUAAGCCUAGAUGGGCGUGGAGGGUACAACAAGCCUCGUCCUCCAGCUAAAGAGGUGGUCGAGGUAGAGGAAAACGCAUAAGAACUACAAGUGAAUCCAGGGCCACUGUAAUAUAUGUCCAACAUGCAAUGCGCUAUCGUUGUAAUUUCUACGUAAUAGUUUUCGACUUGUAUCCUAAGCAAAUAGAAAGUAGCUUAGAAUAAGGUAAACAGAAUGUGAAAUUCUAGCUGGUAGCUAAGCUAGAAUAAGUGGUCUAUGUAUGUCCAUGUUUUCUUUAUGUCGUUGCAUCAUGUAACAUAUAAUAAGAUGUAAAGUAAUAUAUGAAGCGUAACAUGUUGGAUAAAUUUGAGCACCAGUAUCUUAAUCAGAUUUUGUUCUUAAAAAGAAUUAAGCA